AUGAGCCUGUCAGUUUGCAGUAAUUGUCGCACGGCAAUCAGCCUAGCUAAAUUCAGAAAACAGGCUGCACUUGAAGAAACAGGCUUUUGUACAGGCUCUAUACUGUGGUGUUAUUCAAUCAAUUAAAUGUAAAGCCCUUUAAAUCAGCAGUUGUCACAAAAAGUGCUUGUACAGUGACCUGGCCUAGAGCAAACAGAAGCAGAGAUGAACAGUGAACCAGGAAACACUCCCUGAAAGGAAGACACCUAGAGAUGAAUCCGGCUUCGAGGGGAGGCCCAUCCUUAUUGCAUGAAAACAUAUCAAGAGAUCCGUGACGUUACUAGGUGUUGCCAGUCUUUUACUGCAAGGAGACUUGAGUGGACCUAAUUGAGAACAUCAGCCAUAGGGCUGGUAGACCAUACAGAUGUUCGUGAAGAUGCUAAUGCUGUGUGUAAAUCACUUGUGGAUUGGUUAGGAAGAUGCUUGCAGACUGGGACGGUGGGACUACAGGCAGCCCAAUUCGUAAUUUAAGUUUGUGUGAUUUUUGUUAGGACUGGACAUUUGCUUAAAUUACACUGAAGAUUUCGAGAGUCUUUCUUCUAAUUUGAGGGGUAAGUUUAUCAGUUAAUUCCUGUAAAAUAUGUAACCCGCAUGAAUACAAACAGUAUGACAACUUCUAGUGCACAGGUUUGUUUUUCAUUCGACAAGCAUACUUCACCUGAUCCAACUUGGAAAGUUACAUUAGAAUUCCCCUUUAGCAAUGCAUAAAACAUUUCUCCACAUUAGCUUUUCAUAGGCAUAGGUUAUAUAUUUAUAUCUCAACAUAGACCAUAGAAUAAAAAUACAUAGCAGAGUUUAUUACAAUGCAAUUCCCUUCCUUUCGAGGCUAAUCUAUUCAUUAUUAUUAAUCUAUGAAUUACAAGCACAAAAGGUGUUGCUUUGUGAAAAUUCUGGAUGGGCAACUAAAAUUGAAUAGAGGACAUUGUAACCAUUUUUCGGAUAAGAUAUUUGAUCAAAAAUCUUCAAAUGCAACCUUAGGUAUUCAAUUUUUUGUUUAUUUGUUUGUUUUCAUCAAGUGCCUUCAUCUGAUAUGGAAAACAACGUCAGCUGGGUCCAUCCCUACGGCAACCACUCCUAUGGCGCUUAUGGGAGACCAGGCUGCCGUUACACCACUGCUGAACUGAUCCUCAUCGUCAUAGUGACCGGCUCGCUCAGCUUCAUCACCGUCCUGGGCAACGUCCUGGUGAUGCUGUCAAUCAAAGUCAACCGCCACCUCCAGACAGUCAACAACUACUUCCUGUUCAGCCUGGCGUGUGCUGACCUCAUCAUCGGUCUGCUCUCCAUGAACCUCUACACCCUCUAUAUCGUCAAGGGCUACUGGCCCCUGGGUGCGGUCAUCUGUGACCUGUGGUUGGCCUUGGACUACGUGGUCAGCAACGCUUCGGUUAUGAACCUCCUGAUCAUCUGCUUCGACCGCUACUUCUGCGUGACCCAACCAUUGACCUACCCAUCCAGGCGGACCACCAGACUGGCUGGGCUGAUGAUCGCAGCAGCCUGGCUCCUGUCUCUGUUCCUUUGGGCCCCGGCCAUCCUCUUCUGGCAGUCCUUCGUCGGCAAACGGAUCGUCCCUGAUGGGGAGUGCUACAUCCAGCUCCUGUCCAAACCCUCGGUUACACUGGGGAUGACGCUAACCGCAUUCUACCUGCCGGCGGUCAUCAUGAUUGUCCUGUACACCCGGAUCUCCUUUGCCAGCCGCAGUCGCCUCACUGCAGAGCUGCAUAGUAGCAGAGCGAGGACCUCUAGUGGACGACCAAAACAAAGCUGCCAUCUGAAGAGGAGCUGCGUCUCAACCCAGACAGACACUGAGCCAAAGAGCGACUUGGCCAUUUCCAUCGAAGCAGAGGUGAGUGUCUGCGCUAAGCAGGGGAUUAUCAAGGCCCUGAAAGACUCUACAGAGCAGGCCAACAAUAAUGUCAUCCCCACUUCAGAUGUUACCCCCUCUCUAGACCAAUUACCUAGUGAGAUUAACCAAGACUGCAGAUGGUCCAACAGUAGGGUCACGUUCAAUCGCACAAGGGAUAAGAACAGCUCUGCUACCAAGGUCUCCCAGCCAAGCUCUAUCCUUAAUGGCUCCAAUACAACUAGUCAGCUCAGAAAAAUGUUUUCCCCAUUUCCCAGCUUCAGUAAGACCCAGGUGAAGAGGAGAAGGAUUGUAGCGAGGGAGAGGAAAGUGACCAAGACUAUUUUUGCUAUUCUCCUGGCCUUCAUUCUCACCUGGACUCCUUAUAGCGUUAUGGCCAUCAUUGGCACCUACUGUCACUUCUGCGUCCCAGACACAGCAUGGACCAUGGGCUACUGGCUGUGUUAUAUCAACAGCACAGUCAACCCAGCGUGCUAUGCACUGUGUAACGUCACCUUCAGAAAGACCUUCAAGAACCUACUGAGGUGUCAGUACAGAAACACAGGUGUUGAAGUGAGGAUGAUGUGAGCUACUCUAUUAUAAUAUGUAAUAGAACAUUUGAUUAUUUAAGGAAGAUGCAUUUGAUUGAUGGACUACGAAGAUAAUUGUCUAUGUAAAAUAGUAUCAAAAAUCGAACAAAAUGUUUCAAAGCAGCACAUUAAAAGGUAUGACAUCCAAAGCCUAAGCUGUACUAAGCCAAUCCUUAGUAACAACUGUAUAAUGUUGUUAAAAUAAUGCCAUUCCUCUUUCUGCUGACAAUUCUAUAUGCCUCUUGCUUUUGUUUGUGAUGAUGUAAUAUUGUGAUGAAGAUAUACUGCCAUUUCUUACAAAAUACAAAAUCAUGAAUUACUGAUACUAGAUUAUGGAAUGUUCACUCAAAUCGCUGCAAACGCUGCUGUAGGCCAACAUCAGAUCGAGCAACCUCAGCUGCAAUCAGAAAGCAUUCAUACCCUUUUGACUUAUUCCACAUUUAGUUGUCUUACAGUCUCAAUUCAAAGUGGAUUCAUUUGAUUUAGUUUCUAACCGAUCUACACCCAA